AUGGAGCCACGAUCAGAAGGAAAUACGAGAAAUCCGAUCAUUAAUGCUACCGUAUCUGGUGAUGACGGGGGAGACGAAAGCAUGGACCAAUCUUUACAGCAAGAAGACGACGGCAGUCCUUUACUAAACGAUAUGGAAGAAGAACUAAGUGAUCUGGAAGAUCUUUUGGAGAAGGACGUUGAUCUGCAAAAGUAUCCAGAAGGCGCUUCUGUUAGGUAGGCUUUAUUUCACCUUCUUUAUAUUGUCUAGAAAGAAGACCGUCUUGGAGAUCAGGCCUAACGACUUUUCCCACAUCCUUCCAGACGGAUGGAUUGAGAUCACGCAUGAUUGUGGGCUUCCUGUUUACUUGGUUUGUUAUCGUACUUUCGCAUUAACCAAAAAAAUUUUUAUAGCACCGGAAGACUCGUGUCUGCACGUUUGCUCGACCUUAUUUUAUAGGUCCAAACUCAGUGAGGAAGCAUCUGAUUCCUAUUCCUUCAAUUCCUUGCUUGAAUAUGAAAAAACAACUUGAAGAGAUAAAGACCAGAGAUGAGAAAUGCCCAUUCAGGCCUACUCCCAAAGUAGAGAUGGUUACGGUGGGCGACCGGGAACAAUAUUUGAAUGGCGACGAGUUGAAUGAUUACGCGAAGAGUGUUUUUAAAUUCAAAACAAUAGAUGUUGUUAGGUUCUCCAAGUGGUCGGAAACCCGGAAUUUUCAUCGAAACAGGAAACGGAAGCUUCAUGAAGAUGCUAUGCCAGCGUCAGGUAAGAGUCGGCGCGUUUGCGAAGGCAUCUUCCUUAACGAAUAUGUUUAGGCCUUAACAACGACGUCAAACUAAUCACAGUGCCAGAGCUUAAUGAAUCCGCCAAACCUUCUCAACGGACCUUUUGUUUGAAUCCGAUCAACAAAACCUCAGUAACAAUCUUACAUGAAUAUGUUCAGAAGGUUCUAAAGAGCGUAGUUGUGUAUGACUUCACUGAAUUGAGGUUGGUUGUGCGUACGGAUAAUGAGAAAAUUUACUCUUUAGUAGUGCAACAAACCCUUAUCGAUGUGUAUCCAAGCUGAAACAAUCCAAUGCUCUUCAGCAAAUACGACAACAAAAAAGUAUUGAAGCCAAACUCACUCUUCUAAAAGAACGAUACGAAAAGGAAAUGAAUCUCCAUUCGAGCGAGGUCAUUCGAAGUGACCCAUCAGAAGUUGGGGAUGAGACUUUACUGCUUGGCGUUGGAUUCGGGAAAAGUAAAAAGGCAGCAAAGAUGGCUGCUGCCGAAAAAGUUCUGCUAGGACUAAUCCCUGGUCUUACAUUCAAUAACGAGCAUAUUGCUGUAAAUCAAGAAGACGGAGAUCCAUCGCAACCAGAACCUGCUGAACUCUUCGAAUUACUUGAAAUCACCGAUACGAGAGUUCCCGAUUUAUGUCAGAAGACUGGUCGACCGCAGCCUUAUAUGAUACUUCAAGAACUUGUCAGAAGAAACGUCUCACUGGAGGAUACGAGGAUUGAGAUGACAACUGAACAAAAAGGCCAUCAAAGACAUCAAUUCACAAUGAAGUUGGGACAAGACCACACAGUCUCAGUCACGGGAGGUAACAAGAAGGAUGCCAAGCAGAGGGCGUCACAGAUAAUGCUGCAGAAGUUGUUUCCGAAUGCUCAGAACUUUUCGGAUAUCCUAAAACUAUACGAUGACAUGAGUUUUACAUUACAAAAGGAAGCUCAGAAGAUAAAACGACAAAUGUCAUCCAAUCCUGAAGGCAGAGAGCCCGAACAAAGAGGAUGUUCUGAAGCAUUGGGUGUUCAGUUGAGAGAAGCGAUGAAGAUGUUGGACAAGAAGAGUUCUGGAGAUGAUCCAGUCAUCUGCAGACCCCCGGUAGAUCACACUGCUCCGGCUUUGUUUAAAGAGGAAUGCGGGCAAUUCGGUAAACUAUGUGAACGAUAUCGGCAUCUGUUCAAAGACAAUAACCUUCUAGAAUCGAUUAUUCAGUAG